AUGGGUGGGGAUGAAGAGGCGUCUAAAGAUGGAAUAUUUAAAGUCGAGUUUGGUGAUGCGUCCAGUUCGGCUAGUAUGAUGAUGUCCCGUGACGGAUGCACGAUGGAACACCGGACAAAGGACUAUAACGGGCAUUCCAAUGGUAUGAUAAGUCGGCAAAUCGCGGGAAUUCUAGGUGACAAUAUUAUCUUGCGAAUUGUUAUAGGUGGAGGUGGAGGCGGACAUUGA